AAUUUGAUAAUGAAUGCUAAAAAUAUGAAUGGGGGAUAUGAAGAAUUUAAUAAUUUUUGGAAAAAUUGGUUGGAUGGUACUAAAUUUUUGAAAAAGGUUUUUAUCGUUAAGAUGAAAGAAUUAAUAAAUAAAUUUCAGUAUAAUCAUUUUUUGUUGAUUUUGUGUUUUGUAAGUAAAAAUGAUCUUAAAGAAGCUGAAAAUUAUUGCCGUUUUGUGGAGAGUCGUAUACGUUUAGAAUUAAUUUUUUCAAUAGAACUGAAUCAAAGAGAGAUAAAAUAUACCCAUUCUACUGAUAUGGAAAAAUGUUUACCAAACGAAAUUAAGAGAGAAUAUGGUGGAUAUUAUAUCCAAUAUUGGUGGGUUGGAAUUGAAACAUAUAAUGAGAUAGAAGAUUUGGAAUUGGGGAAAAACAAUGAAGAAUCUAAUAUUUUAACAAAAUUCGCUGAUAAAAUUAAGGAAAGGAUGCCCGUUAUUUUGGCAAGAACUGGGGGAAGUUUGGAGCUAUUUUACUAUAAUUUAGAAGCUAUUAACAAAAUAAUGAAUGAAUGCUGA